AUGGCCAAAAUCGUCUUCAUUACCAGUGCCAACACGGGCAUCGGCUUCGAAAUCGUCAAAGCACUAGCUGCCUCUGAUCAAUCCUACAUCAUUCUUCUGGGGGCCCGGUCGCUGGAUAAGGCGCAAGGUGCUAUUGAUACCGCUCAGGAGGACUUCCCCGAUUCAAAUAGCCAGUUCUUUCCCAUCCAGGUGGAUAUUGAGUACGAUGAUUUAAUCAAUCGCGCGUUUCUCGAGGUACAAUCGAAGUACGGCAGGGUGGAUGUCUCAUCAACAAUGCAGCAAUUCGCAUCAGGACAGCUAGGGGCACGUGAGAUGUGGAACCAUACCUGGAGUGUCAACACCACAGGCACACAGAUUCUGACUUACACAUAUGCUCCUCUAUUGCUAGAAAGCGCGGACCCACUUUUGCUCUUCAUCACGUCGCGCACUUCGACGUUGGCAGGCACCGAGAACCAGACGCUGCCGGUCAAUCGAGUGGCGGCUAAAGGCUGGCAUAAGACGUGA